AUGAGAAGUAACGCUUGGGACACGCAAAAAGGUCACGGUUUAGAAGGAAGUAGAGUGUUGCGGGAGUCAGAAACAGCGGGUAAGAUUCGUGGUAAGGAAGGUAAGGGUAUGAAUGUUGGUCGUGGGGACACAGAGAAGCCAAUGGUCCGGCAGUUGGUAAAGGUUUGGCUUUGUUGGAAACGCGGUCGAGAGCUAGUGCGAGUUUGGCCUCCAUCGGGCGAAAGUUCGGAAGCAGUUCAAUCAAGUUUACAAUGGCCUGCAGCAGAUCAAAUGGCUACAAGAGCCAAAGCCACAAUACCAGCGGCAAGGGCGAGUGAAGGCAUUCUUGAUGGAAGGGUUUCAUUGUUAAAGAUCGAGAGAAUGAAAAAGAAAGAGUGA